GCCACACUCUUGGCGCGCAGUGAAAUUCGCGUAAUAAUACGAAAUGAAAUCAUGUCCAGCGCACGCAGCCAUGUUAGCAUGCAGAGCAAGUACGACCGCGUGGUCCUGCUGGUGGACAUGGACUGCUUCUUCUGCCAGGUGGAGGAGAAGCAGCUUCCGGAGUACCGCAACCGCCCGCUGGCCGUCGUCCAGUACAAUCCCUGGCGAGGUGGAGGCAUCAUAGCGGUGAACUACGCGGCUCGUGCCAAGGGAGUCACUCGCCACAUGCGCGGCGACGAGGCGAAGGACCUGUGUCCGGAGAUCGUGCUCUGCCAGGUGCCGAAUAUACGGGAGAAGGCCGACACCAGCAAGUACCGCGAUGCCGGCAAGGAGGUGGCCAACGUGCUGCAGCGCUUUACGCAGCUCCUGGAGCGCGCUUCAGUAGAUGAGGCGUACUUGGACAUAACGGAGACCGUUAAUCAUCGCAUGCAGCAGAUGCAGAGUGGAGCCUUUGCUCUGCAGCCGCAGGAAUUGGUAAACACCUUUGCCGUGGGCUACCCCAACAUUGGCGACUACGUCAACAAGAUAACAAAUCGCUUUGCCAAUCCCUACAUGGACGACGAACGCUACCAGAUGUCCUACGACCAAAACGACCUUCCCGCCGUCCGACAGAGCGACAUUCGGCUCCUUAUUGGCGCCUCUGUGGCGGGCGAAGUCCGUGCGGCUGUAAAAAAAGAGACAGGCUACGAGUGUUCGGCUGGAAUAGCUCACAAUAAGAUCCUGGCCAAGUUGGCAGCUGGAAUGAACAAGCCCAACAAGCAGACCAUUUUGCCGCUGGCGGAAACCGCCAGCCUCUUCGACUCUUUGCCUGUUGGCAAGAUCAAGGGGUUGGGUGGCAAAUUCGGUGAGGUGGUGUGUGAGACAUUAGGCAUAAAGUUCAUGGGCCAGGUUGUCAAGUUUUCGGAGGUAGAGCUGCAACGCAAAUUUGACGAGAAGAAUGGCACCUGGCUAUUCAACAUCUCUCGCGGCAUAGACCUAGAAGCCGUGACUCCCCGCUUUUAUUCGAAAAGCAUUGGCUGCUGUAAAAAGUUUCCAGGUAGAAAUAACAUUACGGGAUUGAAAACCCUUCAACAUUGGCUUGGUGAGCUUUCCUCCGAGAUCAACGACCGCCUUGAGAAGGACUUUAUCGAGAACAAUCGCAGGGCCAAACAUAUGGUGGUGCAAUAUGUGCAGGACAUUGACGGCGAGGAGGUGGCCAGCUCCCGCUCGACUGCUCUUAAAGAUUACGACCAGGAAUCCAUCGUAAGAUUUUCUUUAGACCUAAUCAGGGCAAACACUAAAACGUUUCUGCGUCCGGGCAGCGAGUCUGCUUUGAACAAUGCUAUCAAGUUCCUUGGCAUUAGUGUUGGCAAGUUCGAAGGCGUCUCUAGUGCGCAAAACAGGCUGCAGGAGAUGUUUGCCAACCAGGCUGCCAAGAAACGAAGGAUCAGCGGAGAGGAACCAGGGCAACCGCCUCAAGUUCAAAUGGAGAAAAAGCAGAAGCAAACGGAGGAAGUUAAGAUGAAGAACUUCUUUGCAAACUAUUUGCAAGGAGCUAAGAAAGAGGAUGCAAAAGCAGACGGAAUUUCUGUGAAUCCCUUGGCUGCUGCAUCAGCUGCUCCAAAAAAGAAUUUCGUAGAGGAGUACAAACAGAAACUUCAUGAGGCCGUAAGGACUGAAGCUGCCGCCGAAGGAACUGUUCUCACAUCAACACCACCGGAGUUUAAGGAAAGCUUUUUUUCACAGUACCUAAAACAACAAAAAAAGACAGGAGAUCAGGGGUCGGUGACAUCAAAGGAGGACUCCUUGGAUGUGCAGGGGCUGGCCGAGGAAUUGGACGCCAUUGAGGCUGACAACUCGAAAGAUUUUGAAGAAGACACUGAAGAGGAGACGGAGUUAACUAGUGAUAUCCACAUGUCUAAGCCUGAAGGACAGUCAUCCGAUGCCGGGCAAGAACAGGAUCCAAACACCUUGAGUGAUUCAACAGGGAAAGACGUAUACGUUAAAACUGAUAUAGUGCCUCCCCCGCUUACUGAAGACGAAUUGAAGCCUUCAACGUCAAAAAGAAAGUUCGAUGAGAUCGAAAGUUCUGGAAGUAAUUACAAGGAAAGUUACGUAGAGUUUGCAGUACCCAACCUUCGCAUCGAUCUUUUGCCUACUAUUAAAUGCGAUCAGUGCGGAGCAAACAUUCCCGACGAAGUUAAGUCCCUACAAACCCAUAGAGACCAUCACUUCGCUCAGGAACUAAGCCGAACGCUGAGAAGCACCGAGCGGGAAGAGAGGACGCAGAUCCGACAGAAAAUAUCUCCUAAGCCGACGCCACCCAAGAAGAGCAAGAAGACGGCUGGUUCUGGUAGCAGUUCCAACAGUACGGCACCACCGAGUAACAGCAUAAUCAAGUUCUUCAGCGCAAAACCAACUCAGGAGCAAGCGCCCAGUGAUCCACAGAUGCAGCAGUGCACCGAGUGUAAGGCUUUCAUCAAGUGUGUAGACAUGCCAGAACACUUAGACUACCACGUAGCCAAAAACCUUCAACGUGAACUAAACCAGCAGGAUCUGCGAACUCGAACCGCGGCUCUGAACAAUGAAAAAACAUCUCCAGCUCAGACAAAGAAACAAACUCAGAAAAAACUGAACUCAACCAUUUCUGCCUCUUCAAGCGGAACAAAGACAAUUGCCCAGUUUUUCAGCCAAAGCAAUUAGAGAAACCCUUACACCGCUCCAAGUAUUGGAACCUAUAUAAGUACCUACAAAUGGACCAAGGACAAAUUUACUUCACUUUAAGAUUUAAACAUUUUCUCAUUCAAUUCCGAAUCAAAAUCAAUAAUUUUUUGCUUGCACAUAUCCUAGUUAUUAAAAUCUCAAUCUGGCUCUGGACAGCAAAUUGAUUGGACUUGUUCAUUUUUUUUUCGAGUAAUGAAACUCUUAGAUUUAAUUUUUUUGUUUUAUUUUUCCAAUUUUAGGCUUAAGUAUUAAUGUUGAUCAUUACCAUCCAUCCGUUGAAUAAUAAAACACAAUGCUUUGUCAAUGCUAAAUAUUA